CGCAAACUGUCUGGCACAGUGCCCACCCGUAGGCACUGGGGGGGAGAUGCGAGGGGUGCGUUCUCUGCCUAUCUCACUCACUCAUUACACCUCCAAGAACAAACAAAGCACCACCAGCAGUUCGACUCGCCUGCACCUCCCAGAAGCCUAAAUGCUGCAACUGGCCACGCAGUCAAAUCACCUUCAACGUCCACCCAUCUCUGUUCGUAUUUGGACCUCCGGCGAGCCUUUUUUCUGAAAUCGAGUUUCCCAAUUCCCUGAGCUCAUUUACCGCUGAGAUUUGCCCCAAUCUCAUAAUCCUCGAGUCGUUUGUCGUCACUGCCAAGCUGCGGAAUCGACCUGGCAGACUGCCUCAGCUCCUACAGGGCCCUGCCUGCACAAGCAGCAACAAAAGCCCACCCGGCUACAGUGCCCGCUUCCUGCUUCCUACUUCCCGUCUCCCUUCAAAGUUGGAGCGAAGGUCGAAACGACUCGUCGACAAGAAACACCACUGGGGAGCAAACUGCCCGCUGCUUAGACUGGCUCAUUCGCUGAUUAACAAACCACAACCCGAGUCCGGGGCGGCUCAUCGAUAUUCCAAUUUUCGGCCCUCUUCGACGGUGGCGCUUUCGUGAGCAUUAUCUUGCUCUCGAGGAUGCCGACGAGAAUUUUCCUCUCUCUUCAAUAACAAUUUAUCUCUUUCCAAAGCUCCGUGGCUCGUGUUUGUGCGGCCCUCGCUACCUGACCUCCAACUCCGCAUCCCACCCUCUCUGCCCUCGCGCCCGCAGCCAAACACGCACGUACACAAACGCAUGGCCGCCACCAUGGAUGGCUAUGAUCCCCUCGCAAUGCCUUACUUGCACAGUCCAAUGCCCUUUGGGGGCGGUAAUCUGCAAAAUCUCGACUACAUGAGUGUGCCGUCGGUGAUGGAUUUGCAAGAUCAAUACUCCAACUUCGACUCGGAGCCAUAUAUGAGUGGCGACGAGCUCAGUUUUGCGCCCUCGAGUAACCUGCAGCACCCUGCAAUGCUGAAGCGAUACUCUUCCAACUUCGAAGAUCCUUUCGCCGAAAGCACAAUGUCUCAGUUCGAGCGGGUGCCCACCGAGGGAUUGCCCGAGAGUCCCUCGAUUGAUCGCGACAGCAAAUACCUCAGUUUUUCCAUGCCGCAGUACAACUUCACCCUACUGGACGACUCAUUCCGUCGGUCGUCGGUCAACAUCAGUGCCCAGCUGCACGGCAUGUUCUUCUUGGCCGAGUCCCAAUGGCCCGCCACGGCCGACACACCUCCCCCUCCCCCAGAACUAACAUGUUACCGGCGCAAUCUGUUCCAAAUCACCGGCUCGGUGACGCUCCCCCGGAAUCUGAGAUAUGUCUUCACCGAUGACGGGUCUAGAAUCCCCAUAUACGAGUUGGAACUGGCUGUGUCAGCUACCGAAUCCGUUGAAGGCAAUUCGGUCAAGAUAAUUUCAGUGCCGUGGAAGACGCCGGCGUCGGGAGAAGUGCCCAAGCCAGAGGAUAAGGUAGAGAAAGAGCCUCCCACGAUUCCCUUGGACAAGAUGACCGGGCAAGAUCUGGACACGGACUUUACCACCUUUCCCAUUCAAUGGAAAAGGCUGCAAUUCCGGAUAGCAACUGCCAACAAUGGUCGACGGAAAGAGCUGCAACAACAUUUCACGCUCCACUUGAAGAUCAUGGCAUCGUUAUCAACAGGCGGCAAGAUCUCCAUCGCCGAAGCUCACUCGGGAGCUGUCAUUGUCCGAGGCCGAAGCCCUCGCAACUUUGCAGCACGGAAAGACUUGCCUCUCAGCAGCAGUUCGACAGCUCGUAAACACCUGCCGGCAACCUCGCGAGUUACCAACAGUCAAACCUCCGUUCCUCAGGUCACUUCGGCCCCCAAAAUCAAGACGCCGGCCGAGGAGACACCACAGAUGACCGGUUACGACAGCAUUGACAUGAAGCCCACCGAUAUCGACGGCACCAACUGGGUGUCACAAGGUGUCCAAGAUCCUCUUGCCACUCCCUACUCCACUGCCAUCAAUCCUCCAGUACCAGCGUUUCCGGAAGGCGCCGCUGACUUGGGAACGCCGGGCGCGUUCCCAUUCACAUUCCCUCAAGAAAUGGCACCUGGGAGCCGGCCGAUGAGCUUACAUUUCGGCAGUGACGAUGAGGGAGGUAGUCCUCAUCCACCACGACAGGGAUCCCGACAUUCGUCACGGCCUCCCACCUCGAAUCCCUCUCCCUCUCUUGUCAACAAAGGCCCGUCAGGGACGUAUACAAGCAAUCCCGGUACUUCGCCUGGACAGCUUGCCAACCAAGCGGGUCCGCGACCUAGAAUACAUUCCCACCAAGUUUCUAUGACCAGUGUUCCGAGCUCGAUAGCUACAAUGAACGGGCAAGGACCGUUGCCGCCAGGGUCUCAGAGACCAGAGCUGCUGGCGACCAGGUCAGGCCUUCCAUUCAAUGCUGAGGGCGAGAGUGCAGAUCAACUCUACGAAUACUUCCCCCUAGGUCUGGACGACUGGAUGCCACCCGUGGAUGCAGUCUUCCGCCCGCACGUAGUGCACCACAGCGGACCGUUACCCCCUGACCCACGUUCCCCUGGGAGACACACGAGCAAACGCUACUUUUCAGAAGUGGUGUAGAUGGGAACUGUGGCUAGAAUGUCACUUGAUGUUUUUUCUUUGUUAUGAUUUGUUUCAGAACCUCUGGGAGAAGCAUGGCGGCUGAACUGGGCCCAAGAGGUUACGCGAGCUACAUAGGACUUGUUUGAUACCCAUCUCUGAUGUGAAAUGAAAAGUGGACAUAUACCAGAAGACAAAACGGCAUGCAUGGAUACACGAGUUACGACUACGAGAUACGGGCUUCCGAAACAUGGGGGGAGAGACUUGAAACUCAAAUUUCGACUUUGUCUGGUUUGUGGCACCUCAUGAAAGGGACCCGGUGUUUUGAGCAGACAUGGUAUAUACGAACGGAUAUAGCUCCCACCGCCUUCUUCCUUGAUUGGCGAUCAGCCACCUUGGGCAUUGAUUGCUGCAUUAUUGCCAGCGGAUAUGCUACCUCGGAGAGGCUGAACCAAAAAGAAAUUCCAACCAGGCAUCCAACACAAGGUCCCCAUCAUCCGCGUCCGCGUUGAAAACCCCCGACCCUC